AUGAUGAGGUCCACACUCCUCCGUCAAGUCUCGAGAGCUUCUGCAACAGCUAUCCGCCCUCCUACCUUUACAGCCGCUUCUCGUCUACCUAUCCGCAACUUUAGCAAUGCUACACCAUUGAGGGAGAAAUCAGCUAGUGACGAUGCUGCUGAGGGUCGUCAUGACGAGUUCAGCACAACGGGCAAGCCCGGCGCCUUUGAGCAUGAGGGUCAGUUCUCGCGAACGGAUAACACAAUCCGGAUGCCAUAUCCAGAAGAGGAGGACCUGCCCAGCUCAAAGCCGGUUCAAGGGCGUGGUGGUUUCCAUUUCAAGAGGACGCUUGCGAGCUUUAGCUUGGAGGGAAGAGUCGGUGUGGUGACUGGCGGUGCUCGAGGUCUGGGUUUGGUCAUGAGUCAAGCGUUGGUGGUCAGUGGUGCGGACGUUGCGAUCGUUGACCUUAACAAGGACGAAGCUCAAAAGCAAGCCGAACUACUCAUGGAGCACUUCCGCGAGGAGAACCCAGGCGCGACAGAAGUCCCAAAAGUUACAGCCCACUACGCCGACGUAUCGAACCCGGAUUCUGUGAACAGUGCCCUCGAGGAGAUCAUUUCCUCGCACGGCCAGAUCGACAACCUCGUCACAUCCGCCGGCUUCACAGAGAACUUCGACGCUAUUGAGUACCCUUACGACAGAAUCAAGAAGCUCUGGGGUGUGAACGUGGACGGCACAUACUUGUUCGCUACGGGCGUGGCGAAGCACUUGAUGGCUCGUAAGGCACCGGGUAGCAUCGUCAUGAUCGGAAGCAUGAGUGGUGCCAUUGUCAAUGUGCCUCAGCCACAGGCGCCGUACAAUGCAGCCAAGGCUGCUGUGAGGCACUUGGCGAGCUCGUUGGCGGUUGAGUGGGCGCAUGCGGGUAUUCGUGUCAACUGCAUUAGCCCGGGUUACAUGCUUACUGCGCUCACGAAGAAGAUUCUCGACGACAAUCCGGAGCUCGCAGCCAAGUGGACCAGCCUGAUCCCACAGGGUAAGAUGGGUCGUCCAGAGGACCUGAUGGGUGCCGUGACAUUCCUAUGCAGCGAUGCUUCGGGCUACGUGACUGGUGCGGAUCUGCGUGUCGAUGGUGGAUACACCGUCACCUAA